GCUGGGGCUUUCUGUUGAUCAUGGCAACUAGUCAGUGGAAUUGCAAUUUUUGCAACAUUUGGAUGCCGUGGUGCAAGUAUCAUCAACAUAUUUCCAGUGAGAGACACACUGUAGCGAUAACUAAGUGGGUAUUGAAGGAUGAUUCAAAGUAAGUUACCCGAGGUGCACUGCAAACGACUAAAAUCCAAUGGCAUUAGACCUCGAAAGAUUUAAAUUCUCACGUUUCUGGCAGGAAACACCCAUCGACAGUAGCAAGAUUGGAGCAGAAGGGAAAUCGUCACCAGCCACCAACUCCAGAGGUCAAAGAACGGUGGUCAUGUGCAGCGUGCGAUAUCGAGAUGGGUAUACAAAACAAAGAUUCUCAUCUUUCUGGCAAACGACAUGCGGUUGCUAUGUUGUCCCAAUCGGAGGGCAGUAAUAGUGCUACGAGCUCUUCAUCUCAGACAGCGAUUCCUGUCCCGGAGAGUAUUGGCGAUCAUGGCUCAAAAUUACAGCUGCAACAUCAAGGAAUCGCUGCCCGUAAGAGUUGUAAAGCAAAUGAUCAGGUAAGUUGCAAGUCUGCUGGCCCAAUUAAAGCACUGACACAAAUAUGGAGGUGAUUCAAAAGAUUAUCCAGACCGUACCCACUCCACACAGUGGACCCCUCGAUUCCUUCUUUGGCACUUUCAUCGGGUUUCUGUACGACGUCUCCUUACCACCAUCAGACUCUUUCCGUUUACUGCGAUAUAGAGGAGGUAGUUGGCAUCAUUGGAACCCAAACACAUACGAGACCCGGAAUGAAUAUGAAAACGAACUUUGGGAGCGGUAUCAAGCAGCACUUACGUCUGAAUUCAAUAUGUGGUUUGGGAUUGAAGAUGACAUUAAAGCUUGGCAUUCUCUCUGUCGCGCAGUCAAUAUUCAACCUCUUCCAACAACUUGCAGGGCGUGUCGAUUCGUGAGUAUUUCAAACUCUUCCGACAGCUUUCAGACAUUAACAACACAACUUGCAGAAAGUAAGAAGCACCCACGUCAAAAUCGUUGAUCUCAUACAAUGGGGAAGGGCAGGAGAAAGCGGAAAGGUUGUCAUAUUCGAAACUGUGAAGGAGUUGAGCGAGUACAGUUAUGAGGAGAACAAGAUUUACCAGAAGGAUCAACUUGGACAGGGGGCUGUACUCCGACAUCUACUGAGAAAGUUGACUCUAGAGUGUUGAGAUGGAGUUGAAUGUGUAGAGUGUCAAUCAAUUCGAAAUAACUCUAGUCUAUCG